GGUCUUCCAUGAGUUUCUUCCACUAAGAUUUUUAUCUCUACAUAAACAUCCUCCAGCCUCUUCCCCAAUCCUGUCGGGACUCGUCUUCAUCUUCAACCACUUUUCAAUUCUCCCUUGUUUCUCCAAGACACUGCAUUGUCCUUGUCACCUCCUUCUUGAUACAUACGCCUCUUUGGUAAGUCCUGUCUUUCCUCUGCCCAUUGUAUUUCCGCCCGAUUCUCCAAAUCUUUUAGUUUCGCUGUCUCCGCCGCUAUGUGGGUUUGGAGACACCCCUCAGCAUAAUCAAAACUCACAUCCAGUCCUUCCAUUUAGACAAUCCCGCAUCGCAAAAACUAUCGUGCUGACUUGAAUUCCUUACAGACCACUCCCUCCUCACAGCUCUGCAGCCAUGGCUUCCGAAAGCUUCGAGUUCCAGGCUGAGAUCUCUCAGCUCCUCUCGCUCAUCAUCAACACCGUCUACUCAAACAAAGAGAUCUUUUUGCGAGAAUUGGUUUCCAAUUGUUCAGACGCUCUAGACAAGAUUCGAUAUGAAGCCCUCUCAGAUCCUUCCAAGCUCGACUCCGGCAAGGAUCUCAGAAUCGACAUCAUCCCAGACAAGGACAACAAGACCCUGACCAUUCGUGAUACCGGAAUCGGUAUGACCAAGGCUGAUCUCGUCAACAACCUCGGUACUAUUGCUCGAUCUGGCACCAAGCAGUUCAUGGAGGCUCUCAGCGCCGGUGCUGAUGUUUCCAUGAUUGGCCAAUUCGGUGUUGGUUUCUACUCGGCGUACUUGGUUGCCGAUAAAGUGACCGUCAUCUCCAAGAACAAUGACGACGAGCAGUACGUUUGGGAGUCAAGCGCUGGUGGCACCUUUACCAUCACCCAGGACACCGAAGGUGAAGAUCUUGGCCGAGGCACAAAGAUCAUUCUGCAUCUCAAGGAUGAACAGACCGACUACUUGAACGAAUCCAAGAUCAAGGAAGUCAUCAAGAAGCACUCCGAAUUCAUUUCCUACCCCAUUUACCUCCAUGUCCUCAAAGAGACCGAGAAAGAAGUUCCCGAUGAGGAUGCAGAGGAAGUCGAGGAGGAUGAUGAGAAGAAGGCCAAGAUCGAGGAAGUCGACGACGAAGAAGAAGACAAAGAGAAGAAACCAAAGACCAAAAAGAUCAAGGAAUCCAAGAUUGAGGAAGAGGAGCUCAACAAGACCAAGCCCAUCUGGACUCGCAACCCAUCCGACAUCACACAAGAAGAGUAUGCCUCUUUCUACAAAUCGCUCUCCAAUGACUGGGAGGAUCAUUUGGCUGUCAAGCAUUUCUCUGUCGAGGGACAACUGGAGUUCCGCGCUAUUCUAUUCGUUCCAAAGCGCGCUCCUUUUGAUCUCUUUGAGACCAAGAAGACAAAGAACAACAUCAAGCUCUAUGUCCGACGAGUUUUCAUCACCGAUGAUGCUACCGACCUCAUUCCUGAGUGGCUUGGCUUCGUCAAAGGUGUGGUCGAUUCUGAAGAUCUUCCUCUGAACUUGUCCCGAGAGACUCUUCAACAGAACAAGAUCAUGAAGGUCAUCAAGAAGAACAUUGUCAAGAAGACCCUCGAGCUCUUCAAUGAGAUCGCUGAAGAUCGCGAGCAGUUUGACAAGUUCUACUCUGCCUUUAGCAAGAACAUCAAGCUUGGAAUCCACGAAGACUCCCAGAAUCGACAAUCGCUUGCUAAGCUUCUUCGCUUCAGCUCCACGAAGUCUGGCGAGGAGACAACUUCCCUCACAGACUACAUUACUCGCAUGCAAGAGCACCAGAAGCAAAUCUACUACAUCACUGGCGAGUCUCUCAAGGCUGUCCAGAAGUCUCCCUUCCUUGACUCGCUCACUGAGAAGAAGUUUGAAGUUCUGUUCUUGGUUGACCCUAUCGAUGAGUAUGCUAUGACUCAACUCAAAGAAUUCGACGGCAAGAAGCUUGUCGACAUCACAAAGGACUUCGAGCUCGAGGAGACCGAGGAGGAGAAGAAGGAGCGUGAGGCCGAGGAGAAGGAAUAUGAAGGUCUUGCCAAGAGCUUGAAGAAUGUUCUCGGUGACAAGGUUGAGAAGGUCGUCGUGUCUCACAAACUCACUGGCUCGCCUUGCGCCAUCCGAACAGGCCAGUUUGGAUGGUCUGCAAACAUGGAGCGCAUCAUGAAGGCUCAGGCACUCCGCGAUACUUCCAUGUCAUCAUACAUGUCUUCAAAGAAGACCUUCGAGAUCUCUCCCAAAUCUCCCAUCAUCAAGGAGCUCAAGAAGAAGGUUGAAGCGGAUGGCGAGAAUGACCGCACUGUCAAGUCCAUCACUCAAUUGCUCUUUGAAACCUCACUUCUGGUUUCAGGUUUCACCAUUGAGGAGCCCGCUGGAUUCGCCGAGCGCAUUCACAAGCUUGUCUCGCUCGGUUUGAAUGUUGAUGAUAGCACCGAGACUGCCGACGAGGAGGCCGAAGCUGAUGCCCCGGCUGCCGAGGCCACUGGCGAAAGCACCAUGGAAGAAGUUGACUAGAGAAGUCGCUAUCAGAUGUUCCACACCGACCUGCUCGACUACUUGGGCUUGUCUUUGUAUCAUCUCACCAUGGCGUUCGGUAUCUCUUUUGCUUUCAGCGAUAUCCCAGCAAUGAAUGAACCGGUUUGCAAGGGGGCUUUUGAGGCGGAGAAAAAUGGUUGUCUCGUCAGGAAUCUGUCUGUCCUUGCUGCCGUGGCUCGGGUAAUAGACACCUUUUGCUUGUACUAGUGGUGAUUGCAAUUCCGUGGUAUCCUAUCAUAGUUGCCCCCCAAUAAAG